GACUGUACUUUAUUUAUUAUUAAUGUUUUUGUAGUCCUAUAUUUUGUUUGAGUGAUCUCUUUCAUCUGUCGUCCGCAUCUGACAAAGUGUUUUUGUUCUUCUUCGACAUGUCUUGGAGGUGCUGUGUUUCUGGUUGUGGUUCCGAAGGAGUACCUAUAUUUCGUAUUCCAAAAUUGAAUGAAAGUUUAAAAACUGCUUUGAAAGAAAAAAAAAAGGAACGAAGAAUUGUUUGGCUUCAAAAGCUAAACGUGAAGGAAUGUGACUUAAACAACAACACUCGUGUUUGCUCUCAUCAUUUUGCAUCUGGCAGGCCAUGUAAGAAUUCUUUCGAUAACUCUCACCCGGACUGGGCACCUUCACUACACGUCAGAAAUUCUAUUUUUGACAGGGUUGUACAGAGAAACAUUAGUCGACAUUCCAGAAGGCUUGAAAGGGAAUCAAGAACAUUGGAACAGAUCAAUGCUGUCGUAAACAAUGGAAAGAGUGCCGCCAAUAGACAAGAUAAUGAUGUGCCCAAUGCAGUGGUAAACAACGAACAUGAUCAUAAUGAAAUACCUCUAGUGUCUGAUAUGUUGGAAAGUGGAAGCAAUGAUUUUGCAUCUGAACAAGUUCCUAAUUUUUUCGGUGUAGAAAUCAGCGAUGAAUGUAACAACGGUGUUGAAAACCAACAUGAAGCUACUGGAGUCUACAAAAUAUUGGAACUGAUGACAACCCUAGCGGAGUUUUGUCGGGUCGGAUCCCGUGUUGAACCAGUGUGCUUCACCCGUGUGAAGUGUGACACUGGUGAAACACACUGGUGUUACACCUCUUGUUCGCGUGAUAGGGCGGGUUUAACACCGGUGUAAAUUAUAAAGCUUUACCCGCAAAUUUUAUAGUUAUUUUGCACCGGUAUUGUUCUAGUUAAAUAUACCCGUAUAAAGCUCAAAUUUGUCCCAGUGUACUUCUCUGAUUAUCCCUACUAUAUUAACCGGUGUAAUACACUAAUAUGUAACUGGUGCACUUCUCCAGCUGAAAUUUUUGUAUAAUGGGUGCAUAAACCCGUAUCAAACCCUUUACAUGUACUGGUGAUUUUCUCCAGUUUUAAUCUCAUGCAAUUUGUUGGUAGAUCACACUAGUGUUACCCUAUUGCAUUUUUUUGGUGCAUCGCACUGGUUUUGAACCCUUCAAACAUACCAGUUUUCACAGUUACA